CUCAUCUACGGCUACAUCUUCUGCUUCUUCGGCUCGCUGGCCAUGUGCGCCUCGAUCAGCGAGAUGGCGUCCAUGUACCCCACCUCGGGCGGGCAGUACCACUGGGUGGCAUUGAUGUCGCCGCCGCGGUGGGCCAAGUUCCUCAGCUGGUUCACGGGGUGGGUGUCGGUGCUGGGGUGGCAGGCCAACUGCGCGAGCGCGUGCUACCUCACCGGCUCGAUGAUCCAGGGCCUGCUGGUGCUGAACGACCCCGGGUAUCCGUACAAGCGCUGGCACGCCACCCUCAUCAUGUACGCCGUGCUGCUGUUCAGCCUGUGCAUCAACACUGUGGGCGUCCGGUUCCUGCCCGCUGCUGAGGGCGUCAUCCUUAUCUUGCAUGUGCUGGGCUUCUUCGCUAUCCUUAUCCCCCUCGUCCAUCUUGCUCCGAUCAGCUCCGCCUCUUUCGUCUUCACCGACUUCAUCAAGACGGCCGCUUACCCCGAGGGUCUGAGCUCCGGCUACCCGGACGGCCUGAACUGGCUCGUUGGGCUGCUGACCGGCGCCGCCGUCUUCCUCGGCUUCGACGGGUCCUGCCACAUGGCCGAAGAGGUGAAAAACGCCUCCCUCAACGUCCCUCGCAGCAUGUUCUUCACCAUCUUCCUGAACGGCGCCCUCGGCUUCGGGAUGCUUCUGACGAUCCUAUUCAGCGUGGGCGACUGGGCCAGCGUACUCGCCUCCCCCACCGGCUGGCCCUUCCUCGAGCUCCUCCAUGCGGGCGUGCAGUCCCGCGCCGGCGCCACCGCCAUGGGCAGCAUCAUCCUGGCCAUGAUCUUCUUCGCGACCUUCGGGUACGUCGCGUCCGCGAGCCGGCAGCUCUGGGCAUUCGCGCGGGACCGGGGGAUGCCCUUCUCGCGCAGCCUGCGCUACGUCGAGCCGCGGCUCGCGCUGCCGCUGCCGGCGAUCGCGCUGACGGCCACGGUGACGCUCGUGUUGGGGCUGGUCAAUGUCGGGUCCUCGACGGCGUUUAAUGCGUUUGUCAGCCUUAUUGUCGCGAGCCUCUUCACGUCGUAUAUUAUCUCUAUCUCGCUGCUGUUGCGCGCGCGACUGUGCGCGGACGGGCCCGGCACGAUUGCUGGUGGGACGCUGCCUGCCGCGCCCUGGCGCAUGGGGCGGCGCGUCGGUGUCGUGGUCAACGUCGUCGCGCUCGCGUACUGCGUGCUCAUCUACGUGCUGUCGUUUUUCCCGACGGCGGUGCCGCACACCACCGAGGACAUGAACUGGGCCGUGGUCAUGUAUGUGGGCGUGAUCGCGUUCGGGCUGGUGUACUAUGCGCUGUGGGGGCGGAAGCAGUACGACGGGCCAGUGAUGGAGCGGCAGUUUGCCGAAGCGGCUGGAGCUGGGCGGGCGUCAUGA